AUGGCUAUGCAGAAAAACCAGCAUGUUAUCGUAGAAUCCAAAGUUGGGAUCAUUGGGGCUGGAAUUAGUGGGAUUGCUGCAGCCAAACAGCUAUCCCAUUACAACCCAGUGGUUUUUGAAGCCAGUGAUUCUAUUGGGGGUGUUUGGAAACACUGUUCUUACAGUUCCACAAAGCUUCAAACCCCUCGCUGUGACUUUGAAUUCUCAAACUUCCCUUGGCCUCAAAGAGAUAGCUCCUCCUUUCCUUCCCACCUCGAGGUUCUUGAAUACUUGCACAACUACGCCACACACUUUGAUGUGUUGAAGUUGGUGCAGUUAAAUUCCAAAGUGGUGCAAAUUCGCUAUGUUGGUGACCAAACCAACAAGUCUGAACUUGGCACGCUUCUCACUGGCCGUCCUGUUUGGGAGAUUGCUGUCGAGAAUACCCAGCUUAAGGCUCUUCAGUGGUAUGCUUUUGAGUUUGUGGUGGUGUGCAUCGGCAAAUAUGGAGAUGUACCAAGGAUGCCAGAGUAUUCACCAAACAAAGGACCAGAAGUAUUCAAAGGCAAGGUGUUACAUACUAUGGACUACUCUAAGCUUGACAAAGAAGAAGCUCAAGAACUUUUCAGAGGAAAGAGAGUUGCAGUUGUUGGCUACAAGAAGUCUGCAAUUGAUUUAGCUAUGGAAUGCGCAGAGGCAAACGCAGGAUGCGAAGGGAAACCUUGCACGAUGGUGAUAAGGACUCUGCGCUGGACGGUUCCAUCUUACUGGAUAUGGGGAUUGCCGUUUUUUCUGUUUUAUUCCACAAGGUCUUCUCAGUUUCUGCACGAAAGGCCUAAUCAAACCUUGUUCAGAGCCCUUCUCUGUCUUCUCUCAUCUCCCAUGAGAAAAGCCAUUUCCAAGUUCAUAGAAUCAUACUUGAGUUGGAAGCUUCCUUUGGAAAAAUAUGGGCUCAAACCAGACCACCCAUUUGUGGAGGACUACGCUUCAUGCCAAAUGGCCAUCUUGCCUGAGAACUUCUUCUCCGAAGCAGACAAAGGAAAUAUAAAGUUCAAAAGGGCUUCCAAAUGGGGGUUCUGGAGCGGAGGACUUGAAUUCGAAGAUAACACCAGAUUGGAGGCCGACGUGGUGGUUCUUGCCACUGGUUAUGAUGGCAAGAAGAAGCUCCAAUCUCUACUUCCAGACCCAUUUCGAAGCUUAAUUGUGGACUCUUCAGGGAUCAUGCCUUUGUACAGAGGAACGAUCCACCCGUUAAUUCCAAACAUGGCAUUUGUGGGGUAUGUUGAAAGUGUGUCAAAUCUCCAGACGGCAGAGUUAAGAUGCAAGUGGCUGGCUAGACUAGCAGAUGAGCAAUUUAAGCUUCCAAGUGUGAAGAAAAUGAUUGAACAGACGUCUGAAGAAAUAGAAGUCAUGAAAAGAACCACUCGUUUCUAUAAGAGACACUGCAUUUCAACUUUCAGCAUCAACCACAGUGACGAGAUUUGCCAAGAGAUGGGAUGGAGCCAUUGGAGGAAGACCAACUGGUUUUCUGAAGCUUUCAGUCCCUAUACCAGCCAAGACUAUCAGUGAAUAUAACACAAGACAAGUUGAUAAUCUUGUUAUAUUUAACCACAAGAAUAAAACACAAGCUAUAGGUAUAG